CAGUCCAGCAGGGGGCGGUAAAUGGACCAAUCAGCUGCUUUGUCUCAGUGUGACGUCCAGCGGAAGUAAAACUAAAGGCUCCAGCAGCAGCUUGUUUGGACUCAGCUGGAAGACGGUUGUGUUUUCGUAUCUCAGCUGAAUAUUUCAGUAGUUUCAGUAACAAUGUCUUCAGUUCAGCAUCUGAGAGAGUUUAUCAGAGAGCGACUAACUGCUGCUGCUGAAGAAAUCUUCUCAGAGGUUGAGAAAACCAUCGUCCGCUACGAGGAGGACGUUAGACUGCUGGGAACCUGCUGGAAACCCCAGAUAAAACUCUCCAGAAUCGGGUAAUCCACACCAAGGAGAUGCUUUCCUGCAGUUAAACAUGUCGACGAGGUCUUUCAACAUUCAGGAGAAAAUCCACACAGCAGCAUUUGUUCAAAACAUGGAAAAGCUUUGAAAGCCCACCUGAUAACUUCUGCAGUCCAGCAGGGGGCGGUAAAUGGACCAAUCAGCUGCUUUGUCUCAGUGUGACGUCCAGCGGAAGUAAAACUAAAGGCUCCAGCAGCAGCUUGUUUGGACUCAGCUGGAAGACGGUUGUGUUUUCGUAUCUCAGCUGAAUAUUUCAGUAGUUUCAGUAACAAUGUCUUCAGUUCAGCAUCUGAGAGAGUUUAUCAGAGAGCGACUAACUGCUGCUGCUGAAGAAAUCUUCUCAGAGGUUGAGAAAACCAUCGUCCGCUACGAGGAAGAGCACAAAAUAAUGGUUAUCAACUGGAAGCCACAAAUAAAGCUCAACAGAAUCGAUGUCCUGAAGCAACAUGUCUAUGAUGAGGAGGACGUUCCCCCUGACCUCCUGGACCAACUAGAGCCUCCACAUUGUAACGAGAACAAAGAGGAACUGGGACAUCCACAUAUCAAAGAGGAACAUGAGGAUCCAGAACCUCCUCAUAUUAAAGAGGAACAUGAGGAUCCAGAACCUCCUCAUAUUAAAGAGGAACAUGAGGAUCCAGAACCUCCUCAUAUUAAAGAGGAACAUGAGGAUCCAGAACCUCCUCAUAUUAAAGAGGAACAUGAGGAUCCAGAACCUCCUCAUAUUAAAGAGGAACAUGAGGAUCUAGAACCUCCUCAUAUUAAAGAGGAUGUGGAGAAAGUCUGCAGCCAUCAGGAUGGAGAACACCAUGUCCUGCUAAAAGAGAACCUUAAUAUCGCUGAGACUCCGACUGUUCCAGAAACUGACCUGGGUGAAGAAGAACAAAACCUUGAUCUGUUUAACUCUCAGAAAUCUUGUGUUGAUGAGAACCGAGAUCAAGAAGAAAGUAGAUCGUCUGUGUCAGAGAGUCGGUCUCAAACUGUCCCAGACGCAUCAUUUAAGUGUGAUGUUUGUGGACGUGUUUUUAAGCAGAAGAACUGUUUGAGUCGUCAUCACAGGGUCCACUCAGGCGAGAAGCCCUUUUCUUGUACAACAUGUAGAAAAAACUUUGCUCAGAGUUGUCAUUUAAAAGUCCACAUGAGGACUCACACGGGCGAGAGGCCCUUUUCAUGUGAAACAUGUGGGAAACGUUUCAGCAGGAGUUCAGGUUUGAGACUUCACAGGAGCACCCACACAGGCGAGAGGCCUUUCACGUGUGAGACAUGUGGGAAACGUUUCACUCAGAAGGGAAGUUUAAAGGACCACAUGAGGAUCCACACAGGCGAGAGGCCUUUCACAUGUGAGACAUGUGGGAAAAGAUUUCGUGAAAGUUGUCAUUUGAAUGUUCACAGGAUCACCCACACAGGUAGGAGGUCGCAUUCAUGUGAAACAUGUGGAAAACGCUUCACUCAGAAGGGAAGUUUAAAUGAACACAUGAGGAUCCACACCGGCGAGACCCCUCAUCCGUGCCGAACGAACUGCUUUGCUUGUAAGACAUGUGGGAAAAGCUUCUGGAAAAAUUCAGCUCUGAGAGUUCACAUGAGAACCCACACAGGUGAGAGGCCGUUUACAUGUGCAGAAUGUGGAAAAAGCUUCACUCAAAGAGGUAGUUUAAAUGUCCACAUUAGAAACCACACAGGUGGGAAAAGGAAGCUCCAGCAGCAGCUUGUUUGGACUCAGCUGGAAGACGGUUGUGUUUUCGUAUCUCAGCUGAAUAUUUCAGUAGUUUCAGUAACAAUGUCUUCAGUUCAGCAUCUGAGAGAGUUUAUCAGAGAGCGACUAACUGCUGCUGCUGAAGAAAUCUUCUCAGAGGUUGAGAAAACCAUCGUCCGCUACGAGGAGGACGUCAGACUGUUGGGAACCUGCUGGAAACCCCAGAUAAACACGACCAGAACCGAACGGCCAAAUCAUCGUAGCGAGGAGGAAGUUCUUACUGACCACCAGAGGGAACCAGGACCUUUACGUAUUCAGACGAACCAGCAGAAACUGGGGCAUCUACAACAUCAGUACAACCUGAAGAAACCAAAAUAUCCCUGGUUAAAUCAGGACCAGGAGGUAACAGAACCUCCACAAAUUAUAGACAACCAGGAGGAGCUGAAAUAUCGAGAGAUUAAAGAGGAACUGGAUGAUUCAGAAUCUGCACCGAUUGAGGAGGACCAGGAGAAACCAGACGUUCUGGGGAUUAAAGAAGAAGAAGGUCAAACAAGACCUCCAGAGAUUAAAGAGGAACAAGAGGAAGCCUGUAGUAGUCAGGAGGUGGAGCAGUUCAUCCUGAAGCAGGAGCACUUCCAUUUUCCUGAGGCCCUGACUCAGGAACCUGACUUCAGUGAAGGAGAACCAAACAUUGAGCGUCUUUACUCUCUGAACUUUCCUGGUGCUGAGAACCAAGAUCACGAAGAAAUCAGUUUACCUGCGUCAGGGAACCCGUGUGAUCCUGUCACCGAUAAAUCUGUAAAAUGUGACGUUUGUGGAAAAGUCUUUAAAAAGAAGCAUCAUUUUAAUCGACAUCAGAGAAUCCACUCCGGCGUGAGGCCUUAUACCUGUACAAUAUGUGGCAAAGGCUUCACUCAAAGCGGCCACUUGAAAAACCACAUCAGAACCCACACUGGUGAGAGGCCCUUCUCCUGCGACACCUGUGGAAAAAGCUUCUCACAAGUGGUCAGUUUAAAUGUCCACAUGAGGAUCCAUACAGGCGAGAGGCCGUAUUCAUGUGAAAUAUGUGGUAAAAGCUUUACGGUUAUUACUAAUCUGAAUUUUCACAGAGGAACCCAUGCAGACGAGAGGCCUUUUCCCUGUGAGACGUGUGGAAAAGGAUUCAGUAACUACACAAAUCUAAAAGCUCACCGAAGAAUCCACACACGGGACAAGCUGCAUUUCUGCGAAACCUGUGGGAAAAGCUUCACCAAAAACUCCGCCUUAAGUGUCCACAUGAGGACUCACACAGGUGAGAGACCUUAUUUAUGCGAAAGAUGUGGAAAAUGUUUCAUUAGCAAAGGCGAUCUGAAAGCUCAUGUGAGAACUCACACAGGUGAGAGGCCGUUCACAUGUGCAACGUGUGGGAAAAGCUUCAUUCAAAGAGGGACUUUAAACGUCCACAUGAGACGUCACACGGAGGAAAACGCUAACGCUGACUGAAGAGCAGUUUUCCUUCAGAUUGAAACUGUUUCACUCCAUCGGUGAGUGAUUGCAGACAUGAAGGAUGGUGACUCGUUAGUAUCAGAACUCGAUUAUCUAAAUGCUAAUUUCAUGACAAAUUUUUGUGGUGGAACUUGGAAGCACGUCUGAGGCGUUCUGGGGGGUGUGUGCGACUAAAAGGAAACGUUCUGGAAAACAACAAACAUGGUAAAUGUUUCCACCCUGAAGUUAGACAGCUACCUGCCACCAUAAACUGGAACACCACCAAGCUAACAAUGUCGGAAUAUGUGAAGCUAAUCACAAGUAAUUACAACAUUUACCACAAAGGAUCUGCGACCACCCAGAGUGGUUGGGAAUCGGUCUUUUGCUCUCUGGAGAUGCUCUUAUAGCAUCAAAACUUUAAACUGAGAUCUACACACCCAACUCCACCAAAGCAAAGUGACAAAAUCCCAGGCAGCUAAACUCACCCCAACAUGCAAUGCAUGAAGAGCUGUUGCCAUGGAAUCGUGUGUCGCUGCAGCUACAUGUUUCCUGUUCCAAACGAGUCAUCCAGGUCCAAAGUGAGCUUUAUAAUGGCCCUUUUCCACUAGUCCCUACUCGGCGUGGCUCGGCAUGGCUCUACUCGUUCUUAGACUUCUCUAUUACUAGCGGCUCCUUGGAACCGUUGUUAUUUUUACUACCUGGUUGCGGUUCCAAGCGACCCGUGCUGAAAAUGUGACGCCAGAAGAAUGUCGGUCACUGAUUGGUUAGGGGGCGGAGUUACCAGCCGCAGCAUAUUUUAAUAACUAAUAUCUUCAACCGGAAAAUCAUUGUUCGCUGGGCUUAUUGUGUAUAUGACCACUAUAGCAAGAUAGCAUUCGGCAAAGCCAGUUUAUUUGUACAAUUCAAAGAGCUGAACUAAACCCCAGGAAAGUACAGAGCCGUGGUCUAAUAAAGACAGGAGAAGAAAAGCUGGACUGCAGACGGAGAUGAUUGAUCUUUCAGCUAACAGAACAGACAAAAGCAACUCUGAACAAAUGGGUUUUAACCCUUGAUUUAAUCAGAAUCAGAAAAGCUUUAUUGCCAAGUACGUUUUUGGACAUACAAGGAAUUUGUUUUGGCGUAGUCGGUGCAAUACAAUACAAAUUAAACAGUAUAAACAUAUCUACAAUAUAAUA